UUCUCUUCCAAAAAAGAGCUCCUCCAUUGAAGCCACUCCGAAAGAGAGAGCACUUACUUACAGAUUCGAAUUACUUCUAGAAGCGAGCUUACUCUUCAGUUUCCGAGUUACGGUUUAGAGAGUUAUGGGAGAAAGCCAAGCCAUGGUUGCUGAGGGAUAUACCUCUACUCCACAUGGAGAUUAUAACGCUUCUGCUGCUACCGUGGAAUCGAAUGUUGAUUCAUCUCAAUCAGUCAAUGGGACUGGCCCUGAAGGUGGUUCAGCUGCGCCAGUUGAGAAUGGGAAUGCUACUGAUAACGUGCCUGUAACAGCUCCAGCAGCAGCAGGGCAAGGAGACAACGCUGGUUCUGCUCUUUCACCGGAAGAGGAGCACUUAUGGAGUAUUGUAAGGGCUAAUUCUUCAGAGUUUAAUACUUGGACCGCUCUGAUUGAAGAGACCGAGAGGAUAGCUCAGGACAAUAUAGCAAAAAUCCGGAAGGUGUAUGAUGCUUUCCUAGCUGAAUUCCCCCUGUGUUAUGGCUAUUGGAAAAAGUAUGCGGAUCAUGAGGCUCGGGUGGGGGCAAUGGACAAAGUCGUGGAGGUUUAUGAAAGAGCAGUGCAGGCGGUGACGUAUUCUGUGGACAUAUGGCUUCACUAUUGCGUUUUUGCCAUCACUACAUAUGGAGAUCCAGACACGAUCAGAAGUCUUUUUGAACGAGCUUUGGUUUACGUUGGAACUGAUUUUCUGUCCUCUCCAUUGUGGGACAAGUACAUCGAAUAUGAGCACAUGCAGCAGGACUGGAGCAGACUUGCCAUGAUAUACACCAGAAUAUUGGAGAAUCCUAUUCAAAACCUUGAUAGAUACUUCAGCAACUUUAAGGAGCUAGCUGAAACACAUCCAGUUGUUGCUGCUAGUGAUGCUUCUGAAACUGCACCAUCUGAGUCUGAUGGAAAGGCAGAUGAAGGAAAAUCUCAAGCUGAUGGUACCUCUGAACCAUCUAAGGUGGAAAGCGCUGUUUCAACUGAUCCUGAGGAAUUGAAGAAAUACAUUGGCAUCAGAGAAGCCAUGUAUAUCAAAGCCAAAGAGUUUGAAUCUAAAAUCAUUGGUUUCGAAAUGGCUAUAAGAAGGCCCUAUUUCCAUGUGCGUCCUCUCAAUGUAGCAGAGCUGGAGAAUUGGCAUAGCUAUCUGGACUUCAUAGAGACCGAUGGAGACUUCAAUAAGAUCGUCAAGCUAUAUGAGAGAUGUGUUGUUGCGUGUGCAAACUACCCUGAAUACUGGAUUCGCUAUGUAUUAAGCAUGGGAUCAAGUGGAAAUGUGGACCUGGCAGACAACGCGCUUGCUCGAGCAACUCAAGUCUUUGUCAAGAGACAACCAGAAAUCCACCUUUUUGCUGCUCGAUUAAAAGAGCAGAAUGGGGAUAUAGCUGGUGCUAGAGCUGCAUUCCAAUUACUGCACUCUGAAAUUUCUCCCGGGCUUCUUGAAGCAGUAAUUAAACAUGCGAACAUGGAACAACGACUAGGAAAUCUGGAUGAUGCUUUCUCUGUGUAUGAGCAAGUCAUUGCUGUUGAAAAGGGCAAAGAGAAUUCCAUAUUACUGCCGCUACUGUAUGCGCAGUAUUCAAGGUUUUCAUACUUGGUUUUACGUGACGCUGAGAAGGCUAGGAAGAUUAUGGUUGAAGCACUUGACCACGUGCAGCCGUCAAAACAUUUCAUGGAAGCACUGAUUUUUUUCGAGACCAUUCUGCCACCACCAAGAAAAAUUGAAUACCUUGACCCACUUGUUGAAAAUUUGAUAAAGCCAAAUGUAGACACCCAGAACACUGCUAGUUCCACUGAGAGAGAAGAGCUAUCAUUGAUAUAUAUAGAGUUCCUGGGUCUUUUCGGAGAUGUUGAGACCAUAAAAAAAGCGGAAGAUAGGCAUUGUAAGCUCUUUUUACCUCACCGGAGCAAGUCAGAGUUGAAAAAGCGUAGCGCAGAUGAGUUUCUCUCUUCAGAUAGGACGAAACUGGCCAAAACUUACAAUGACACUGCGUCUGCCCAGCCAGUGUCCAAUGCAUAUCCAAAUGCACCAACUCAGUGGUCCGGUGGUUAUGCUGCACAGCCUCAAGCUUGGCCACAAGCACAAGCGGCUCCUGCACAACCACAGCAGUGGAACCCUGCCUAUGGCCAGCAGCAGGCUGCGUAUGGUGCAUAUGGUGGCUAUCCCGCUGGCUAUGCUACUUCACAAGCACCAACACCCGUGCCACAAGCUGCUGCUUAUGGUGCAUAUCCUGCUCAGACAUACCCAGCUGCAGCUACAGCACCAGUGGCUGCACCGGUCCAGCAACCUGCUGCUGCUCCUCAAGCUUACUACAACACUUACUACUGAGUCUGUUGUUGUUACUUGUUCUUAGACAUUUGCUCAAGUUUAGUGUCCGACUUUGUCUGAAUGCUUACAUGUCUCUCUGUUAUCGAUCAGUGACAUUAGUUUUACUUUCAAGUUGCUUGGAUUUUCCCCGGUUAUGAUAUAGUUUGUAAGAGACAAGUUUGAGUUGAUUGGCCGGUUAGCAGACACAAUCUGCAUUUGCUUUUAUGCUAUAUUUUCC